GAGCCGGAGAGCGCGGCCGGCUCGGCAGGCUGGGUCCCAAGCUCGCGGCUUCCGGGAGGCGCCCGGAGUCGGAGAAAUACAGCGCGGCCACCCCGGGAGCAGCAGCAGUUGCCCGCCCCGCCGCCCGCAGGGCCCUGAACCGCCGGCAAGGGCGCGGGCCGGGCGCGGCGCCGGCUCCUCCUCCUGCCGCGGCCGGCGCGGAGCAGCGGAGAGCGGCGGGCUCGGCAGCCGGCGCCCGGGCCGCGGAGCCGAUGAGCUGCGGCGGCUGAGGGCCCGGCCGGCCUCUGCCCGCCUCUGCCCGGCGCCCGAGCGGGGCCACAGCGCCCGGGGCGCGGGGUCCGGCGGGUGACAUGGGGGCGGCCUGACGCACCCGGGGCCGCCGAGCGCUCUCUCCUGAGCCGUGGGCCCUCCUCGGCGGCAGCGGCUGCAGGCGCCUGGCCCGGCGCGCUGUGCCCAGGGCGCCCGCGGAGCCUCCGCCGCGCUCUAUGCGCCUCUGCGGGAGCCGCGGGCCCGGGCCAUGGCCAUAGACCGGCGGCGCGAGGCGGCAGGCGGCGGGCCCGGGCGGCAGCCGGCCCCGGCCGAGGAGAACGGCUCCCUGCCGCCUGGGGACGCGGCGGCCUCGGCGCCCCUCGGGGGACGCGCGGGGCCCGGCGGCGGCGCGGAGAUCCAGCCGCUGCCUCCACUGCAUCCCGGAGGCGGCCCGCACUCGAGCUGCUGCUCGGCCGCUGCGGCCCCGAGCCUGUUGUUGCUGGACUAUGACGGGUCGGUGCUGCCCUUCCUCGGGGGCCUGGGCGGGGGCUAUCAGAAGACCCUCGUGCUGCUCACCUGGAUCCCGGCGCUGUUCAUCGGCUUCAGCCAGUUCUCGGACUCGUUCCUCCUGGACCAGCCCAACUUCUGGUGCCGCGGGGCCGGCAAAGGCACCGAGCUGGCGGGGGUCACCACCACAGGCCGGGGGGCGGGCACGGGCGACUGGACCAGCCUCCCCAGCACCCCCUUCUCCGCUGCCCCCUGGGAGCCUGCGGGCAACCGGAGCAACAGCAGCGGCGCGGACGGAGGCGACACACCACCCCUGCCAUCCCCUCCGGACAAGGGGGACAACGCCUCCAACUGUGACUGCCACGCGUGGGACUACGGCAUCCGCGCCGGCCUCGUCCAGAACGUGGUCAGCAAGUGGGAUCUUGUGUGUGAUAAUGCCUGGAAGGUCCAUAUCGCUAAGUUCUCCUUACUGGUUGGAUUAAUCUUUGGCUACCUAAUAACUGGAUGCAUUGCUGACUGGGUCGGCCGGCGGCCUGUGCUGCUGUUUUCCAUCAUCUUCAUUCUGAUCUUUGGACUGACUGUGGCACUGUCAGUGAAUGUGACAAUGUUCAGCACACUCAGGUUCUUUGAAGGAUUUUGCCUGGCUGGAAUAAUUCUCACCUUGUAUGCAUUACGAAUAGAGCUGUGCCCCCCUGGAAAACGGUUCAUGAUUACGAUGGUGGCGAGCUUCGUGGCCAUGGCGGGCCAGUUCCUCAUGCCUGGGCUAGCCGCCCUGUGCCGGGACUGGCAGGUGCUGCAGGCCCUCAUCAUCUGCCCCUUCCUGCUCAUGCUGCUCUACUGGUCGAUAUUUCCCGAGUCCCUCCGGUGGCUGAUGGCCACCCAGCAGUUUGAGUCUGCAAAGAGGCUGAUCCUCCACUUCACACAGAAGAACCGCAUGAACCCUGAGGGCGACAUCAAGGGUGUGAUGCCAGAGCUGGAGAAGGAGCUUCCCCGGAGGCCCAAGAAGGUCUGCAUCGUGAAGGUGGUGGGGACACGGAACCUGUGGAAGAACAUUGUGGUCCUGUGUGUGAACUCGCUGACAGGGUACGGGAUCCACCACUGCUUUGCCAGGAGCAUGAUGGGCCACGAGGUGAAGGUGCCGCUUCUGGAGAAUUUCUACGCUGACUACUACACCACGGCCAGCAUUGCGCUGGUGUCCUGCCUGGCCAUGUGCGUGGUGGUCCGGUUCCUUGGGCGCAGGGGAGGCCUGCUGCUCUUCAUGAUCCUCACCGCCCUGGCCUCGCUCCUGCAGCUCGGCCUCCUCAACCUGAUUGGAAAGUACAGCCAGCACCCCGACUCAGGGAUGAGUGACAGCGUCAAGGACAAAUUUUCCAUCGCGUUUUCCAUCGUGGGCAUGUUUGCCUCCCACGCGGUGGGGAGCCUCAGCGUGUUCUUCUGUGCGGAGAUCACCCCGACGGUGAUAAGAGGAUGGAAGGAAAUGGAGUCCGAAGGGGGUCCCUGGGCCAGGCUGGGAGAAUGUCUGGCGUUCCUGAGAAAUCCCUCUUCUCGCUGGGAGCCCUUUUCCCCCGUGCCAUCGGGAGGCCGCAGCUCUUUCUUGCAAAUGCACUCAGGAACAAUUCCAUGGAGGCGCUAGAUGGAAGUGGACUCCCCUGCCAUGCCCCACUUCACAGAGAGAAAUCCAAGAUUAGCCAGGAUGGACGGCCUGGGGCCCAUGAGCUCCACCUUAGCACAGAACUAGCCUUUCCCUGUGACACUCGACUACAGACAAGCCACCUGGCAGCGAAGGGUAGGGGGCCAGGAUGGACUGCCUGGAAGCAAAUAGGAGGUUAUGAAAUUUACUGCAAAAAGUUCAAAAAAUGCUUUUAUACUUUUCAUGCUUGUUCCACAACAAAAAGCAACAAAGGCUUGCAGAAAUCUAUUGCCCCAAGGAUGACAGAGGCCAAGUAAACUAAAUAUUGUUCCAUAAGAUUCUGUCCAGACCUCACCUUGACAGAACCAGCUACCCGCUCAGGCCCAGGCCAGGGGGCGUUUCUCAUCAGCCAGUGCACAGCUCAUCAGAUUCAUCUGUGAGACGCUGGGAGUUGGGUGACUUUGCAAGUGUAUCUGACUGUGUCCACCUCCCAGCUUGACAUGGGCAGAAGUGGCCUGGGGUCUUGGGUGGAUCUGGAAGCAGCUGCUGGCUGUGCUGGGGCUGAUCUUUUCUAUCCACUGUCCCUCUGGAUGCUCCAGGUGGGCUCCGAGGCUGCCUUUGCCCUCACGCGGGGGUCCAGGUGAGAGAGGACGCAGGCGCUGGGGAUCAUGACACCCGCCUGUUUUCUCCUGCUCUGCCCACUCCGGCGGCCCUGGGCCCUUUCUAGGUCAUAAGCCGGACGGGCCUCCCUGAUACCCUCCCUGACUGACGACUCCCUGACAUCUGUCCUCUGCUUUAAUGCUGCCUCAAGAAUAGGCACCGAGGGCCAGAAUGACCUGGGGUUAAGGGAGCAUCAGAGUCUGUUCAACUUCUUUAAAAAGUUGUAUCUUAAAGGCCAG